AUGUUUUCCUUCACGUCUCCGGGAAUGAAAUUCGACAAAACCGUUGCUGAUGGGAGAGGGCCGCCUACAUUGCGCCUGCAUGGUCAAACAUGUCACCGAAUAGGGACGUUGAUACCGGAAAAUGGUCAGACACCUCAGUAUGCUCAGCUUUAUAUUUUUGACACUGACAAUGAAAUAGAUAACAGGAUCAAGUGUUUCAGUGACAGUGAUGUGGUGAAUAGGGAUGUUGUUGGUAAGUUGAAGGAUAUGUUGGACGACUGCAAUCCACAUGCAAAGGUAUUUCGAAUGGCGAGGGAUCUUUUGAGGGGCAACCCUUACUUAGACUUAAAGAUACGAUUAAUCAGUGAUCGUCCCCAGGAUGGCCGUGUCUACAACACACCAACGACAUCAGAAGUUGCUGCUCUUAUUGUUGGAGAUAUUGAUCCUGAUACAACGCGAGACAUCAUCAUCCACGCCCGCAAUGGCCAUUUGCAACAAAUUACCGAAUUUCAUCCUGCUUACUUAGCAUACCAAUACCCUCUCAUCUUUGUUUAUGGAGAGGAUGGAUACAGGAAAAAUAUACUACACAACUAUGAACAUGAGCAUGAGGUUACGAGGAAAAAUCGUCAAUCAAUCAUGGAUUGGCUAGCUUUCCGGCUACAGGAUCGCCACGUCGAGGCAAAAACAUUACUUCAUUCACGACGACUUUUUCAACAGUUUUUAGUGGAUGGGUUUGCAAUGAUGGAGUCUGAGCGUCUCAAUUGGUUAAGGACCAACCAAUCCAAGUUACGAGUUGGAAAGUAUAACAACUUGAAUGAUCGAUGCAACGGAGCUGAGGCAAAUACGGCACCAAAGCGAGGAAAACGAGUUGUUCUGCCAUCUACAUUUGUUGGGAGCAAGCGUUACAUGGAUCAACUCUAUUUCGAUGGUAUGGCCAUUUCAAGUAAGUUAGGCUUCCCUGAUUUGUUUGUGACGUUUACUUGCAAUCCUGCUUGGCCGGAAAUACAACGUGCCCUUUCCGGAACCAACUUAAAGCCACAUGAUAGACCUGACCUUAUUACUAAAGUGUUCAAAAUAAAAUUUGAUGAACUAAUGGAUGAUAUAACAAAGCGCCACGUUCUCGGGAAGGUUAUUGCAUUCAUGUACACUAUUGAAUUUCAAAAAAGGGGAUUGCCACAUGCUCACAUAUUAGUCUUUUUGCACAAUCAGAACAAAUACCCAACACCAACUGACAUUGAUAAAAUUAUCUGUGCUGAGAUACCGGACCCCGUGUUGGAACCAACUUUGUACAAACUGGUGUCGGCCCACAUGAUGCACGGCCCGUGUGGUCCAUCCCGUAUGACAUCACAGUGUAUGAAAAAUCUAAAAUGCACUAAAUUCUUUCCCAAGAAGUUCCAAGAAGACACAGUUGUUGAUGCAGAUGGCUAUCCCCUCUAUAGAAGACGUUCUAAUUCUCAUGUCAUUCAAAAAAACGGCGUCUCUUUGGACAACCGACAUGUUGUACCUUACAACGUAAGAUUCCUUUUGAAAUACCAUGCACAUAUUAACAUGGAGUGGUGCAACCAAAGUACAUCCAUCAAAUAUCUAUUCAAAUAUAUCCAUAAGGGUUUCGAUAGAAUCACAGCAACAAUAACAACAAACUCAGGCUCUGUUGCCGACAAAGAACCAAUUGAUGAGAUCAAACAAUAUCUGGAUUGUAGGUAUGUCUCCCCGUGUGAGGCAUGUUGGAGGAUCUACUCUUACAAAAUCCAUGGAAGGAGGCCAGCGGUGGAACGAAUGUAUUAUCAUUUAGUAGGUGAAAAAGCGGUUUACUACCACGAUCACGCAAGAAUGGAGGAUAUACUGGAAAAGGCAAGCGUCACAGAGUCAAUGUUCACGGCUUGGUUGGUUGCUAACAGCAAGUACGAAGAAGCGCGGGAGCUCACAUAUGGCCAAUUUGUCUCUAAAUUUGUCUAUGAGAAAAAAAGCAGAACUUGGAAACCGCGUAAAAAGGGCUUCAGCAUUGGUCGUUUGAUAUGGGUACCCCCGACAACUGGAGAGUUAUUCUACCUACGGCUUAUGUUGACUGUGGUUAAGGGACCUUCUACUUAUGAAGACAUUCGCAAAGUUGGCGACAUACAAUAUGAUACUUUUAGGGACGCAUGCUUUGCAAUGGGAUUCCUUGAAGAUGACCGAGAAUACAUAGGGGCGAUAAGGGAAGCAAGUGAAUGGGGUUCGGGUCAUUUUCUCUGCAAGCUUUUCGUGGUGAUGCUUUUGUCCGGAGCUGUUAAUAGGCCUGGUCAUGUUUGGAAUGAAACAUGGACACUGUUGGCUGAUGGUCUGCUUCAUGAACAAAGGCAGAUAGUAAACAAUGCAGGUUGUGGCCAUGUUUGUAACAAUUUGGUGCUGACUGAAGAACAGUUGAUGAAUUUGACAUUAACUCAGAUUGAAAAGCUGCUGCAAGCAAAUCGAAGAACACUCCACGACUUUAAACCAAUUCCAUAUCCUGACGGUUACGUUCUACAGCAGUUAGGGAACAGACUAAUAUACGAUGAACGAAGUUAUGACGUGUCUGCAAUGCGAACCGAAUUCAACAACCUUUCGAGUGCUCUAACAGAUGAGCAAGCUAAAAUAUUUGAAAAAAUAAUGACCGCUGUCCACGCUCAAAAGGGUGGUGUGUUCUUUCUACAUGGUUACAGUGGAACUGGCAAAACAUACAUGUGGAGAACUCUUGCAAGUGCAUUGAGGUCCAAACAUGAUAUAUGUUUAACUGUUGCGACGAGUGGAAUAGCGUCUCUAUUAUUGCCUGGUGGUAGAACUGCACAUUCGAAAUUCAAGAUACCUGUCCCAACAAUGGAUAACUCUGCCUGCAAAAUCGAGUACGAUGAUGAGGUUGCAGAACUUCUAAGACAGACUAAGCUUAUUAUAUGGGACGAAGCUCCCAUGGCACACAAGCAUGCUUUUGAAGCACUGGAUCGAACUUUGAAGGAUGUGAUGCGCACUUACGGUAAUUCAAAGGAAAUAUUUGGUGGAAAGGUGGUCGUAUUCGGUGGUGAUUUUAGACAGAUUUUGCCCGUUGUUCCUAGGGGAAGUCGUUCUGAUAUUGUACACUCUGCGAUAAAUGCUUCUUACAUAUGGUGGUCGGUUGAAGUUUUGACUUUGACACAGAACAUGCGACUACAAUCUGGCCCAAAUGAACAUGAAAAGAAAGAGAUAGCUGACUUCUCAAAUUGGUUGUUGCAGAUUGGUGAAGGAAAAAUUUCUGAGCCAAAUGAUGGAUUUGCCGACAUUGAACUGCCACAUGAACUUUUGAUAAACAGAUUACACCGAUCCAAUCGUGACAUCAAGGAAUACUACAGCUCAAACACUGUCGACAGGUCGGAAAUUCAUGACACCAAUGUAGUCGAUAUCCUCACACCAGAGUUUCUCAGUUCACUAACUACUUCGGGUUUGCCUAACCACCACAUUAGCCUGAAGGUGGGAACGCCUGUUAUGCUUAUGCGUAACAUAGAUCAGUCGGAGGGUCUGUGUAACGGAACAAGGGUAAUGGUAACUAAGAUGGCCAACCAUGUCAUAGAGGCAAAAAUCAUGGCUGGAAAGAAUUGUGGUAAUUUGGUUUACAUCCCAAGAAUGGACAUGUCUCCCUCACAGUCUCCUUGGCCCUUCAAACUUAAACGGCGUCAGUUUCCAAUAGUUGUUUCGUAUGCAAUGACGAUCAAUAAAUCGCAGGGACAAUCACUGGAUACGGUCGGACUUUAUUUGCCAAGGGACGUAUUCACUCAUGGACAAAUCUACGUGGCACUGUCAAGGGUCACAACUAAGCAAGGAAUCAAAAUAUUAAUAUAUGAUCAAAACGACCAGUCUAAGUCAACCACUACAAACGUCGUGUAUAAAGAGGUUUUCAAUAACAUAUAG